AAAAAAGAGAAGGUCGCACAUCAAAAAUCCACUGAACCGCGUCUUAUCGGAGCUGCCCAGACGCGCCUAGCUUACUCAGCACCACCACGUCAUUCAACUCUCUUUGAUCACCCUGACGCUUUUAACGAACCCUCGAUCCUCUUCCUUCUUCCAACCUCGCCAAACUUGAGACCUUACCGCAGUUCUGCCUGA